GCCAAGAUGGCUGACAGCAUCCCGUUAAAUCCGGUGCGGAAGAACUCGAAGAGGAACCCGUAUUACAACUCAGCCAGGGUUUCAAGACUGGUCGAAGAUGAGCUAACAAUGUCCUCAGGUGGGGAUUGGACUGGAAGCGAAAUAGGCACAUGACCAGAUACUCCGCAGAAGAUGAGUCCUCUAACUUGGAUGAGAUGCCUCUGAUGAUGUCGGAGGAAGCCUUUGAGAACGAUGAGAGCGACUACCAGACGCUGCCUCGGGCCAGAGUCAGCCAGAGACACAGAGGCCUCGGCUGGUUCCUCCUGGGAGGCUGGAAAGUACUCUGCGGCAACUGCUGCGACUGCCUCACUCACAUAUGCCGGAGGAAGAAGGAGCUGAAGGCCAGGACGGUUUGGCUCGGCUGCCCGGAGAAAUGUGAAGAGAAGUACCCCAAAAACGCCAUCAAAAACCAGAAGUACAAUGUCGUCACCUUUGUGCCUGGGGUUCUCUACCAGCAGUUCAAGUUCUUCCUCAAUCUCUACUUUCUGGUGGUGGCCUGUUCCCAGUUUGUGCCAUCGCUGAAAAUUGGAUAUUUGUACACGUACUGGGCGCCUCUGGGUUUCGUGUUGGCCGUUACGAUGGUGCGUGAGGCCGUGGACGAAGUGCGACGCUACCAGCGCGACAAAGAGAUGAACUCUCAACUCUACAGCAAGCUGACAGUGAGAGGUAAAAUUCAAGUGAAAAGUUCAGACAUACAAGUUGGAGACCUGAUCAUUGUUGAGAAGAACCAGAGGAUUCCUGCAGACAUGAUAUUCCUGAGGACAUCUGAGAAAACUGGUGCGUGUUUCAUCAGAACAGAUCAGCUGGACGGAGAGACGGACUGGAAACUGAAAGUUGCCGUCGGCUGCACGCAACGACUACCGGCGGUGGGGGACCUCUUCUCCAUCAACGCCUACGUCUACGCCCAGAGGCCUCAGCUGGACAUACACAGUUUCGAGGGGAAUUUCACAAGGGAAGACACAGAGCCACAGAUCCAUGAGAGUCUGAGCAUUGAAAACACUCUCUGGGCCAGUACAGUCGUUGCAUCUGGCACCGUGAUAGGGGUGGUGAUCUACACAGGCAAAGAGACCAGGAGCGUACUGAACACGUCCUACGCCAAGAACAAGGUCGGCCUUCUCGACCUGGAGCUGAACCGCCUCACCAAAGCCCUGUUCCUGGCGCAGGUCAUCCUCUCCAUCGUCAUGGUAGCGCUGCAAGGGUUUCUGGGUCCCUGGUUCCGCAACCUGUUCCGAUUCGUCGUGCUUUUCUCCUACAUCAUCCCCAUCAGCCUGCGUGUAAACCUGGACAUGGGGAAGUCGGCCUACGGAUGGAUGAUCAUGAAGGACGAAAACAUCCCCGGCACCGUUGUGAGAACCAGCACCAUCCCUGAAGAGCUGGGUCGGCUGGUGUAUCUGCUGACGGACAAGACAGGCACUCUGACACAGAAUGAAAUGAUAUUCAAGCGGCUGCACCUGGGAACAGUUUCCUACGGCACGGACACCAUGGAUGAGAUACAAAGCCACAUAAUCCAGUCAUAUGCACAGGGGAUGUCCCAGCCACCCAGCGGUAGCGCCACCGGUGGGGCCACGCCAUCGAGGAAGACCCAGGCGUCGGCCCCGAAAGUCCGUAAGAGCGUCAGCAGCCGCAUCCACGAGGCCGUGAAGGCCAUCGCCCUGUGCCACAACGUCACGCCGGUCUACGAGUCGCACGUGGGCAUAAACGGGGAGACGGAGUCGGCAGAGGCCGACCAGGACUUCAGCGACGACAACCGCACGUACCAGGCCUCCAGCCCGGACGAGGUGGCGCUGGUGAGGUGGACGGAGAGCGUCGGCCUGACCCUGGUGAACAGAGACCUGACCUCCCUGCAGCUGAAGACGCCUUCUGGACAGAUCCUCUCCUUCUACAUCCUCCAGAUCUUCCCCUUCACCUCCGAGAGCAAACGGAUGGGCAUCAUAGUCCGGGAGGAAACGACAGGAGAUAUCACUUUCUACAUGAAGGGCGCCGAUGUUGCCAUGGCGAGCAUUGUCCAGUAUAACGACUGGCUGGAAGAGGAGUGUGGGAACAUGGCCAGAGAGGGACUGAGGACGCUGGUGGUGGCUAAGAAGUCUCUGUCUGAGGAGCAGUAUCAGGACUUUGAGAAUCGCUACAACCAGGCGAAGCUGAGCAUCCACGACCGGGCCCUGAAGGUUGCAGCAGUGGUGGAGAGUCUUGAGCGGGAGAUGGAGCUCCUGUGUCUGACUGGCGUGGAGGACCAGCUCCAGGCGGACGUCAGGCCCACGCUGGAGCUGCUCAGAAAUGCUGGAAUAAAGAUCUGGAUGCUGACCGGGGACAAGCUCGAGACGGCUACGUGCAUCGCCAAAAGCUCUCACUUGGUCGCCAGAAGCCAAGACAUCCACGUCUUCAAACCGGUCUCGAACCGAGGAGAGGCCCAUCUGGAGCUCAACGCCUUCAGGAGGAAACAUGACUGUGCUCUGGUCAUCUCUGGAGACUCCUUAGAGGUGUGUUUGAAGUAUUACGAGCACGAGUUUGUGGAGCUGGCGUGUCAGUGUCCGGCCGUCGUCUGCUGUCGCUGCUCGCCCACUCAGAAGGCCCAGAUCGUCACACUCCUGCAGCAGCACACGGCCAACAGAACCUGCGCCAUAGGUGAUGGGGGAAAUGAUGUCAGUAUGAUCCAGGCUGCAGACUGUGGUAUCGGGAUUGAAGGAAAGGAGGGGAAGCAGGCGUCUCUGGCUGCAGACUUCUCCAUCACUCAGUUUAAGCACAUCGGCCGCCUGCUCAUGGUUCACGGCAGGAACAGCUACAAGCGCUCGGCGGCGCUCGGGCAGUUUGUCAUGCACAGAGGCAUGAUCAUCUCCACCAUGCAGGCCGUCUUCUCCUCCAUAUUCUUCUUUGCCUCUGUGCCCUUGUACCAGGGCUUCCUCAUGGUCGGGUAUGCCACCAUAUACACCAUGUUCCCUGUGUUCUCCUUGGUUCUGGACCAGGACGUGAAGCCGGACAUGGCGCUGCUCUACCCAGAGCUUUACAAAGACCUCACCAAGGGUCGCUCGUUAUCUUUCAAGACUUUCCUAAUCUGGGUUUUGGUCAGCGUCUAUCAAGGUGGCAUCCUCAUGUACGGCGGCCUGGUGCUGUUUGAGUCGGAGUUCGUGCACGUCGUGGCCAUCUCCUUCACGGCGCUCGUCCUCACCGAGCUCCUGAUGGUGGCGCUGACCAUCCGCACCUGGCACUGGCUCAUGGUGGUGGCCGAGUUCUUCAGCCUGGGCUGCUACCUCGCCUCGCUGGCCUUCCUCAACGAGUACUUCGGCAUAGGCAGGGUGUCGUUCGGAGCUUUCCUUGACUUGUCCUUCAUCACGACCUGGCCUUUCCUGUGGAAGGUGUCGGCCAUCACCCUGGUCAGCUGUCUUCCUCUCUACAUAAUCAAAUACCUGAAGCGCAAGUUUUCUCCUCCGAGCUACUCCAAGCUCUCCUCGUGAGCCGGACUCUGGAUUACUUCCGUUAGGCCUGUGCUUCAUGGAUUUUCUUUUCUAUUUUCUUUUUGUUGUUGUUGUUGUUUUUUUUUUUUUCUACUGCGGUGAUGGACAGGUGACCAGAGAGCUGGUCAAGAAACCACUGGAACAAUCAAAAAAACUGAGAGAAAUUCAUUUGGUCUUUGGGUUUUUAUCACUUGGAACUACUUGAAAAGACGGAGCACAUAAUAAAAGACGAUGUUACUGCACUUCGAAGACAUUCAACCCUCUUUUGUAACAAAAAAAAAAAAAAGCGAGGGGGCCAAUUUGCCUUCUUUCUUUUUCUUUCUUUUCUUUUCUGUCUUUCUUUUUUUUCUUUUUUUAAAACCGAAUCAGUCAUUUUUAUAAAGUUCAAACGCGUUUAUUUUAUACGUGCUGUUCUUUUUAAAGUGUUAUUUUUUAUUAAAGGUGCGCUGGGCAUCGUCUCUGAACAGUAGCUGUAGGGGAUCAAAAUGUCGAGUGUUACUGUAAAUAAAAAAAAUAAUAAUCUGCCGCUGUCAGUGGAAAACCUCACUUCUUGUAUAAAUGUGCAUUAACCAAAAAUACGACGACAUUCAAAAAAGAAACACGCUGGACAGAUACCUCCUGGAUUUUUUUUUUUUUUUUUUUUUAUAGAUCAGCCGUAGUGUAAAAACCAGCACUCCUCAGCAACAUUAGAUGUCGCCGUCCUGUCACCUCGAGCUGCGCUGCGUCCUUUGACGUUUCAGAUGUCUGUCCUGGCCUCCAGCUGUCCUCCAGUCCCGCGUGCGAGGACGUGGCGGCUCGCUUCGUGCCUCAUUACCAUGUUUGUUAUUGUGCUAGAGCUGCAUCUGUCUCACAGCGUUGGAUGUAAAGCCACCAGUCAGAGGGGGUUUCAUUCGAGCUGCUUCUGAAGUUGCUGCUUUUCUUGUAAAAAAAAAAAAAAAAAAAAAAAAAGGAAAAAAGAAAGAAAACUUGUGAAAGAGGAAUUAAGGAGGAAUGAGUUUUAUCAUUCACUCUGUGUAAUGUUGGUGUAAAGCAUGUGUUGGAAUCAAAAGAAAAAAUGAUUAAGCAUUUGUUCUGUUUAUUAGUUUGAUUUUUUUUUUUGUCUGAAUGUAACUGAUUCAGGUCUUUUCUUUGAUGUUUUGCUAAAAUUGUGUCAACUGCACUGUCAUCUGUAGCUACACUGAAUGAAAAAAAUGAAAAGGAAAUAGGGGGAAAGAUCGGGCUGUGACACUUUAAUGCAAGUUGCAUUUUUUUUUUCUUUCUCCGAUUUACAUUCUUACAGAGAGAUAUUCCAGAUUUCUGUUUUUUCUGUUCAGACCUGUGUUGGCUUUUCUUUUUUCUUUUUUGUGUGAUUCCCAUGUCAUUCACUGCGCUUUCUAACAUUAUGUCUGUUAUUUAUAAAAUUGUUAAAUGACUAAUAAAAAGAAACAAUCGAUGCUGAA